ACGGUUAUAUACUGAAACCAGGUUUUAUAAAGAAAUAUAUAGUUUAUUGGUUUAUGUAUUAAUAACGAUAUGGAAAGCUGUAAACUUCUGAUUGCUGGCCUCAAACAAGUCGUACAAGUGUGUAAGAAUGGCGAGCGUAUGUUGGUCGGUGACGCAAUGAAUGACGUAGCUAUCAUGCAAUCUGAAGAUGGAAAUUGUGGAUACAGCAUCGUAGUUGAUAGUGAUGGAAAUAUACAUGACAUCGACACCGACAAAAACAUCAAUCAUAAAUACAAUGGGACACAGUUUGAGAAGAGCAUAGAUGGAAGAGGAUGCUGUGUGAUCCCGGGAUUAGUUGAUGCUCACACUCAUCCAGUUUGGGCGGGGGAUCGAGUUCAUGAGUUUGCUAUGAAACUUGCUGGGGCUUCAUAUAUGGAAGUUCAUCAGGCAGGAGGUGGUAUACAUUACACUGUAGAACAUACAAGGGCUGCAAGUGAGAACGAGCUUUAUCAGUUGCUUAAGCAGCGUUUAACAAGCAUGGUAAAAUGUGGAACAACACUGGUUGAAUGUAAAAGUGGGUAUGGGUUGGACACAGAAUCGGAACUCAAAAUGUUAAGAGUAAUUAAUCAAGCAAAAAAGAAUAAAAUCAUUGAUAUUUCAACAACAUAUUGUGGGGCACAUGCAGUUCCUAAGGGUUCUACAUCAGAAGAGAUGGUUAAUGACAUCAUAACUAAUCAACUACCUAAGCUUAAACAAGAAAUAGAUUCAGGAAAAUUACAAGUUGAUAAUAUUGAUGUGUUUUGUGAGAAGGGAGUUUUUAAUGCUCAACAAACACGAAAGAUUUUGGAGGAAGGAGUUAAGAUGGGACUCAUGAUCAACUUCCAUGGUGAUGAACUAUCUGAUUCUGGAUCUGCUAAGCUUGGAGCAGAGUUAAAGGCACAAGCUAUUAGUCACUUGGAAGAAAUAUCAGAUGAAGGAAUAAAAGAAAUGUCAAAAUCUCAUUCAGUUGCAGUUAUACUACCAACUACUGCUUAUAUUUUAAGAUUAAAAGCACCGCCCGUUCGUAAAAUGAUCAAGGCUGGCGUUCCUGUGGCUCUUGGCAGCGAUUUUAAUCCAAAUGCUUACUGUAUGAGUAUGCCAGUUGUAAUGCACCUUGCGUGCGUAAACUUCCACAUGACGAUGGCUGAAGCUUUGACAGCAUCCACUAUUAAUGCAGCUGCUGCACUUGGUAUGAGUGAUACACAUGGUAGCUUGGAGGUCGGGAAAAAAGCAAAUUUUGUCAUAAUUGAUGCACCAAGGUGGGAACACUUGGUUUAUCAAUUUGGUUGCCAUGAUGAUGUCAUAAAGGCUGUUGUUCUUGGUGGUGACAUCAUACACAUGAAACAUUCAACAUAACAAUUCCAAAUACUAGAUUACUUUCUAUGCAAACUUACUACAUGUUCGAUAUCAUAGGUGUUUAUUGCACGAGAGGGUUAUGUUGUAUAUUGCAUUUCCACACGAAUAUAAGAUAAAGAAAUCACAAAUGAAA